AGCUACCUGACUGCCUAUUUACAUAACAGAAGUUCUAGCUACUCUACCUUCUAUAUAUUCACUUGAGAUCGCUAAUCACCAUCACCAGGGAUCUCACUUCUAAGGGAUCUCACUUCUAAUAAUCCAAGCAAUCACGAUGCCCGCAAUGUCAUCACUAAUCUCUCUAACAAUCAACCAUAUCGCGCUGAACCCUAUCGUAACAGCGCCUAUCCUCUGGAUCCUCACCAAAGGUCCUCCCGAGCUCCGGGCCCGAAUCACACUACUUCAGAACCCGCAAACCCUUGCCGUUGCAGUAAAAGUCUUGAAAUCAUUCCUGGCCAUUGGUGUUCUUGGUACAAUCAAUCGCCAGCUUAACCGACUUGCAUUAAACUCAUGGCGUCUUACAAGCCAGAAAGGACGGUGGAAACUGGACGAAGAGGUCGCGGUAGUGACAGGAGGGAGCAGUGGCAUUGGAUAUUUUAUUGUGAGAGGUCUUGUUGCGAAAGGCGUCGUCGUUGCGAUUCUUGAUAUCAUACCGCCACCGAACGAAUUGGGGAACAACCCAAAAGUGCACUUCUACACCUGCGACAUCGCAGAAGCCUCAUGGAUCUCCUCAGUAGUGGAGCAAAUCCACACAGACAUAGGAUCUCCAUCCAUCCUCAUCAACAACGCCGGCAUAGCCACAAGCGGAUCCAUCCUCAGCACUGACGAUGAAUGGCUCCACCAUAUCUACGCCGUCAAUGUGAUCAGCAACUUCACGACCGUGCGAGCCUUCCUACCUUCUAUGAUCGCGAAGCAGAAGGGCCACAUCGUCACAGUAGCCAGCACGGCGAGUUUCCUCGGCCUGGGCGGCUUCGUCGAUUACACGAGCACGAAAGCUGCUGUGCUAGCUUUCCAUGAAGGUCUAAACCAAGAACUAACCCACUACCACCGCGCCCCGAAUAUCCUCACCACCUCCGUCCACCCAAACUGGACCCGCACCUCGCUCCUCGAAUCCUUCCCGUCCGCUCUGCGCGGCCAGCACCUCCUCGAACCCAGCACCGUUGCCGACGCAAUCGUGAGGCAGAUCGAGCGCGCGGAAGGUGCGCAGAUCGUGAUGCCUGCCGUGGCCGGGGUCAUGGGGUUGGUGAGGGGGCUGCCGAACUGGGUGCAAGAGGUUGUGAGGGGUGGGACUAGUAGGGCUGUGUUGAGGACCGUGAGGAAGUAGGGGAGUCGUGUAGGGUAGGUGGGAGGGGGGGUUAAUUACCUACUCAGGCAUAUUUUGAGAUUUUACUCUGGAUUGGGAGUUGAUAGGAAUUCGGGUUGUGGUGAUAUUUUAGGAGAGGUGGUCGCCAUGGUUCUCAUGAUUUUAUAUAUGUUGCUACGUGAUGUUAGCUGGCUAUCCAAUUUAACUAUCAACGAC